ACAUGUUGAUGUACCAUUGAAACAGGCAACCGAAAAUAAGUCUAAAACCCUAUAAAAGAAGAAAGAAGAACAAGAAGAAGAAGGCAGCCGGAAAUACUUCAGCAUAUAGGAAUACAACAUCCCUUGAUAGGAUAAUAUAUGAUAAAUUUGAUUAAAUAGUAAGCAACGUCUUGUCAAGGAGUUGGGAGAUCAACAAUGGCUGAGAACAGCAAGAAAACUACUGGAGUGGAGAGCAAAAAAGUGCAAAAAACUUCCAGAAGGCUAGAGUCUUUCAUAGCAACAAGUGAGCUUGCAAAGGCAGCUAGAAGCAGAGCACAAAUAGCAUUUUAUAGGCUAAUUGAAGAGGGUAUUACUCCUCGUGUCUUUCGAGAAGAGCUUCACUUCAUAAAUCCAGAGAUAUAUGAGGACAUUAUUGCUGACCGAAGCACUGCAGGAUUGUGUGGGUAUCCCCUGUGUUCAAAUUUCUUCAAGGACAAGUUUGGCAACAGAACCUACAUCAUCGUCAAGAAUACUGUCUAUGACAUUACUGUCAGAAAGAAUUUUUGUAGUGAUGUCUGUUAUGAGGCAUCAGAGAUCAUCUUACGGCAGAUCCCGACCUCACCACUGUAUAUUCGAGAAACAAGCGUAGAAAAAAAAAUUCAGUUCCCAGCUAGAGCCAAGUUGUCUGGUUUGCAUGGGAAGAUUAUAGAUAUAACAGGUUUAGGGACUGGCUAUAACAAAGUUCCCCAAAAAUCACAUAAGACAAGUGUUCUUGUUGAUAAUAUUGCCAGAGAGAGCCUGAUUCAGUGCACAGAAAAUAGUGGAGUGGAGGAAACCAAAUCACAAGGGAAAGGCAGCAAUACAUCAAAAGGAGAGCCAUCUGCAGUAGAGACAAAUUUAAGAGAACCAAGAAGUGAAGCUGAGGAUGAUAAAAGUAAAUUGUCAGAAAGCAUAAACAAUGAAACACAAGCGAAAUCAGAUGUGGGUGUCAAAUCUAGUGAUAAUACUGAUAUGGAGAACUUGAUCCAGAAAAUAGAAAAUAUUGAAUUAGAAAAAUCCACUUCCCAAGAGAACAAGUGGAAGGACACAGAUUCAAGAAAUGAACUUGAAAAUAAGAAUGAGCUGUUAGGCUGCAUAAACUCUGAGGGAGAGCAAGUGAAGUCAUGUGAGGAUAUCAAAUCUACUGAGGACAGUAUUAAGGGAACUGUGACAGGAAAUCCUUCACACUCCUUAUAUGAACCUUUGAUGCCAGUAUACCAAAUAGAGAAAGCAAUGAAAGAAUGGAUGUCCUUUGAAUCCUUACGUGUCAUCCUUGGAGACACGUAUGUUCGAGGAAUGUUGGAGCAUUUUGGACAUUCGUGGCAAGAUUACGAUACAACAUCAGGGCUUAAAUUAGGCAUUGAUGCAAGGGCAAAGUACAUCGCUCUCUGUCGUAAGUUGGACCAGCAGGAAUUACAGGAGGAGAAAGAGAUGAUUCACCUUGAUGUAGAGAAUGAUUUUUCAAAAGCUCCCACAAAAGCCAUGCCUGACUAUGAGCAGCUGAAAAAAGAUGCAAGAAAACAAGAGCUCAAGGUUGUUUCAUUCCUGGGGGGAAGGGAACAGUACGAGGAAGCAGAGGUUGAAGAGGAAGAAGAGGGGAGAAAAAAAGGCCUCGAGCCCAUUCCGGAAGAGCAGUGUGACGCCAAUAAGCCUGCCAAGGUUGCUAAUCCAAGUGGAAUAGUUGCCAAAAAAGGAAAGGGGAAAAAGACAAAGAAGAAUGUGGAUGAGUUCGAGGUGGAGACUUCAACACUUCCCUUGAUAGACUCGUAUUCCCAGAUGGCAUGGCGUCAACAGAUUGUGUUGGAGAAGACCAGGAAAUGCUUGAAUGAGAUCGUAGCUGUAACUGCUCUUAAUAGCGGAAAGGUGGGACAACUGCUGAAGGCAAUUGUGAUCACACUUGAUCUUGAUGCUCAUAAUAUUUCCUUCAGGCCAGGACAGUGGAAUUUGAUUAUGCUGAUAUUCAUGGAACUGUUAAGCAUCCGGUAUCCAGUUAUUAGCGCAGCCAUGAAGACUGAAAAGUAUUGUGAGUUUCAGGAAAACAUCAUAUCAGCUUUUGGUCUAGACGUUGGAUACAUGUCACGUAUUGUCACGUAUCUCACUGAAAUCCAGCCUGUUAUCAGUAAAAAUUAUAUAAAUAACAUUGAGAACAAGGAAGUUAAAGAUAUAACAAGAACAAUGUCUAAUCAGGAUGCAACAACAAAUAAUCAGAAAGAUUUAUCAAAUACAGUGAGUGCAGAUGAAAGACCGUGUACAUCAGAAAAACAGAUUUCUAACGUAUAUGAAUUAACUGAGAAUAUUAAAAAAGUUAACACACAAGAAAAAAGUGAUGAAACAGAGCAGUCACUCAGACAAGAAAUGGACACUUGCAUGAAAAGUACUUCAAUCGAGGAACUUGACUAGGAGGGAAUCCUGCCUAAUACUAUAUAUUUUGUAUAUUUCAGUUUCAAAAUGUUAUAUAUUUUUUGGACUUGGAGGAAGUAAUUUUUUUCUCUCUCUCUUUUAAUAUUCUGUAGUUUUAUAGAUGUUCAGAAUAAAAGUUGAAAAUUAA